CUUCAGCUUCUUCUUCGUAUCUUCUAUUCUCUCUCCUAUGGGGAAUCUGCUCUCGGGCCAAGCGCACGACGGCAAGGUCGUGCUCCCCGACGGCACUGUCCUUGAGCUCGACCGCCCGACGUCCGUGGCGGAGCUCAUGCUCGAGCACCCGCGCCAGUACGUGCUCGACCUGCGGUCCCUGUCCGCCGGCAACUCCAACGCUGCACCGCUCCCCGCGGAUCACAUGCUGGAGGCCGGUAAGGCCUACGUGAUGCUUCCGAUGGCCCGUGGGAGAGCCACCGGCUUGUCGGCGGGCGAGGCCCGUCGGGUCCUGGCGGCGGCAACCCGAUCGAUGACGAAGAUGCAGCAACCGCCGUGCACGCGCGCGGUGGGAGUGACGGAGAGCGAGCGAGCGGAAUGGCCAGCAGAGGAGUUCGAGGAGGGAACGGAGUUCUUCAGGCGGCAGCAUUCGAGCAAACGGUGGAAGCCGAGCCUUGGUACGAUAGAAGAGGAGAGUUUGGAGAGGAAGGUGCCUCAUUGGUUGUUUUAAGAGCUGCAGUUGCAUGUAACAGUAGUUAUUAUGGUUAUGUGCCUAUGGGUGUACGAGAAUUAAGUUGCGGAGGAGUGCAGAAAGAAACACCUUCCCGGUUAGACUCGAAUCAGACUGUUGGUGUAAAUAACUUUAAGCCGUGGCCUCGGGGCCGACGCCGCUUGGUUCGGAUCCGGAUGAUGGGGGAUCUUCCCGGGUCAACCCUUGAGACCGCUGAGGUGACCGACUACGGUGGUCCGAUCGGGACGGGGUUGUUGUUUCCUUCGGGAGGGAACUCCUCGCCUGGGCGUUUAGUGGGAGACCUCCGUCUUCGCACCUGCACACAGGUCGGGUCGGGAGAGCUCAGCCCGACCCCUCCGACGUUCAAGUUAGUGAAUAGUCACAGGAGGUUUUUCUCUGUUGUCCUCCUCUUUC